AUUAAAGUGAACGGUAAAUGACAAGACGGCGAAAAUGAACUUCAAAUCUUCUCCUCUAUGGAGAUUGGCGUCAAUUUUGUGCAUAUGGCUGAGACUCGUCGGAGCCACCAAUGAGGAUCAAUUUAAUACCCCGUUUGCUCACCAGAUAAUGCGUCUGGCCAAAUCGGCCGAAAUGCGGAAUUACAUGCGACCUCAGGUCCAGCCAUGUGAUGAUUUCUACGGUUACGCCUGUGGCAAUUGGGCCCACAUUAAUCCGGCCAAUGCUGAGGUAAAGACGAAUAUUUUCAAUAUUCUCUCAAAGGCCUAUAAUCGUAAGCUGUCGACCUUACUGGGCAAUGGCAAGGAUUCCAAUGAUACGGAAACGGAACGUAAAGUCAAGUAUUUCUAUGAAUCGUGCCUGCAAAGGGAUUCAAUUGGGCGCCAUUAUCGUGAAAAUCUCAUGAGCAUAAUGGAGGAGUUUGGGGGCAUGCCAGCCUUGAAGGGGGCUGCCUGGCAUGAACCCUCGUUCAAUUGGCUGGAGGUCAUUGCCCAGAUUCUGAGGAAAUACGGCAAGAGGAUUAUUUUAAAUGCCGAUAUUAAUGCGGAUUUGAAUAACAACGAGGUGAACCGUUUGUAUAUUGGACAAAUCGAUGACAUGGUACCGGGUAGCUCGAAGGAGUUUUAUGCUCGUCUGGCCAUGGCUUGGCAAAUGGAUUUGCAAAAGGUUUUGGGUCUCUCAUCCCCCGUGGCAUUGAUCACGGCCAGGGAAAUGGCUGAAUUUGCCCAGAAAUUGGCCAUGGGUAUGGCCGAUCCUUUGGAGGGACUGGGCAUGGAAGAUAAGGCGCGCCUCAGACUACUGGACACCAUGACCGACAAUUAUGGCCCGGUAUUGAAUUUUACUUUGUAUGUUAAUACCUGGCUGGGCUAUGACUACAAAUUGCCGGUCUACGAAUAUGUGGAGAACUAUUUGCGCAACCUGCGUUUGGUCAUUUUGGAAACACCCACCACCACAGUGGCCAAUUAUAUUAUGUGGCAGUUGUUGCAGGAUUUCCGUUUAGAUGUGGAGGCCAACAAUGAGAAGCAAGAAAAGAAAUGCAUUGAAACCACGCGGAAAUACUUUCCAAAAUUUCUGGAUAAUUUAAUCUAUCAGGAUUUGUUGAAAUCAAAUCCCAAUAUAAUCGAGGAAGUCAAGGAUAUCUGGCAACAUUUAAAGUCCUCGUUUCAAGACAUUUUCAAUGGAACCAACACCCAAUGGAUGCAGGAAAGUACGCGAGACAAGGCAUUGGAAAAACUCUCCGCCAUGACAUUUGAAAUUAAUGCAUACAGCGAUGUGGAUUUUACCAAAGAACUGGGUCCGUUGGUCAUUUCCACCCAUCAGUAUUUUGAAAAUGUCAUUAGCAUUCUUAAGCUCAAGGGACAAAACUAUCGUUUGAAAAUCGAAGAGCCACCACGUCUGGAGGAAUAUGAGCUCCUGAGUUUCACACCCGCUUACGCGGCAGAAUACAAUCGAGUCCUACUGCCGGUGGCAUUUUUACAACCCCGCUUCCUUUGGGACGAUGUCUAUCCCAAGGCCUUAAAAUAUGGCACCGUGGGCUUUACCAUUGCCCAUGAAAUGGCCCACGGCUUUGAUGACACCAUUCGCAAAUAUGAUGCCAAGGGCAAUCUCAACAAUUGGUGGGAUCGCAAUGCCAGCCUCACCUUCGAGGUACGCAAAGAAUGCCUGCGCCAACAAUAUGGUAGUCACAAAUUCGGUGGACGUUUCCUGCCCAAGGCCCAGGCUCAGGGCGAAAACAUAGCCGAUAAUGUGGGCAUACGCAUUGCCUACCUGGCCUAUGAUCGUUAUCUGGAACAACAUCACCAGACACCGGAACAUUUGCCACACAUGGACACGAUUACAGCACGACAGCUUUUCUUCAUCAGCACCGCCCAGCUAUGGUGCACCGAUGUCAAUCGCCGUUGGCGUCAUUUGGUCACCAUCACCGAUGUCCAUCCGCCCGAAGAGGUUCGUGUGCGAGCCAUGUUGGCGAAUUUUGAUGAGUUUGCCGAGACGUUUUCCUGCAAACCCUCAACACAAAUGAAUCCUCAACGGAAGUGUAUUAUAUAUUGAAAUCGAAGGAGAAAAACGUUCAUUCCGCACAGGAAGUGCUGUUACACAAGGCCCUCAGGCAGCUGCCACGCAGAGAUAGAGGAGCACACUUGUCUGCGUUUUCUAUUGAAUGGUGAUAAUUGUAUUUUGUUGUUGUUUUUUGUUUUAUUUAAAAAACAUACAUAUAGUUCCUACUGAUAAUAAUAAUAAUAAUAUUAAUUACGUCGAUGUCAUAGACUCUGUUAAAUAAAUUAUUUUCCAUACUUACAUCUUCCCAAUGGAGGAGGAAGUGAAG